AUGGUGCAAGUCACGUUGCUUUGUGCGAUCGUUGGUAUAUCCAACAGCGUUUUCUUAGUAAAAAUUGACACAGAUAGAUCAGUGGCUCACUUGAAGGAUGCCAUUAAGGCGAAGAACGCAGUGGAUGUCCUGUGCGAUGCUAGAGAGCUGCGGCUCUUCCUGGCGAAAAAAGAUGGGGCGUGGCUGCGAGACGACGGUGAUUUGUACAGACUGAUUCAGACACAAGGAAUCCUCGAUGGGAUGGAGGAGAUGCGCGCGUCGUGGGAAUUGUCAGAUCCCAGUCUGUUUGGUACUGGCGUAUUGCUAGGAAAGAAGAUGGUCCACGUGCUGGUGGUGCGUCCGAUGUAA